CCGCCCUUCGACGAAGUUUUCGCAGACUUUCACCGUCUCGAGCCCGUUCUCCGCUCCAGGAAACGAGGUUCACGCUCGCCGGGACAAGAGAGAGUCUGCUUUCGAGCUGAAAUCCAACAGAUUAUUAUCGCAGGCCCACGUCUCUUGGCUUGGAAGCGACCGAAACGACCGAUUCCGACAACCCUCCCCCUCCCCGUCUAUUCUUUUUGCGGCAUUCGGACCCCCACCUUGUUAGUCCGUUUGCAAGGUUCACACUGUCAAGAAGACCGUGCACCAACCCCAUCACCCUGCAUCCAUAUACCCCUUGCAGAUCCUCCACCAUGUCUCGCAACGUGCGUCAAAAAUACGCCUCCAAACCGGCACGAGUUCCGAAGUCCCGGGACUACGACUCGUCAUCCCUCGACCUCUCCGAUGACAGCGGCUACUCUGGCGUCGAAGAUGUUACCGACUCGGAGGACGACGAUGAGGAUGUAUUUGCGGCCGAGGAGGAACACAUCAUCAAUGCAUCUCGCAAGCGAGCAUCAGACCCCCCUCGGCCGCUGGUAGUGGAUGAGGAUGACGACGCAGACGAGGAGAGCGAGGCGGAUGAAGAAAACGAAGCCGAUCCGGAAGAAGCCGAUCCGGCGGACGAUAGCGCAAGCUGGGAUGGCUUUUCAUCUGACCACGAUGAGCUCAUUCCGGCACAUCCUGUAACCCGCGACCUGCUUGAUCAGGUCUCCAUCACCCCUGGGCGCCAUGUCCGCUUCGUUGGCGUUCCGGAUAGUGACACGGACUCGACAACAAGCGAGACCAGCGAGGUGUCCGAGAUCAAUGGCUUCUUUCCUGAUAUCUUCGUCGAGCAGAGCGCUCUCGACCCCAUGUUCCGCCGAGAAAUCGAGGACGAUGAUGAAACGUCGUCCAACGGCUCGUUCUGGGACUUCCACAACGGCUCGCAAGAGAUCGCCGCCCGUAGGGCUGAAGACGACGCCGCUUUCAAAGACUUUGAGUUUGACAUUGCGUCCCUGGCAACGCCAGGGCCAAGUCAGCUGCCCAUCGACGAAUCGACGCCCGUCGCUGACCUUGCAGAAGUGCAGGAUCUUGAUGGAUACGAGACCGACGGUGAUACCACGGAAGAAGAUGUCCCAGAACCCAUCGUCCGCAAGAAACAAAUGAGGCGGUCCCGCACAGUCGAGGAAUCUUCAGACUCAGACACGGAGAGACCGUCCUAUUGCAAGCCCGGCAAACCUCGUGUUGGCCGGUUCAAUCUUGACAGAUCAGACAAUAAGCCCAUCGGCGUUGUCGAUCCUGCCACAGGGAAGAUGAUCAUUUUCACACCCCGCAGGACAAACCAGCUCGAUCUUUCACCAGAGUCGCUCCAUCUGGAUUUCUCUGCACAAGACUUGGCGUGUUCGCCCAUCGUCAGCAUCAGGAACCCGGGUUUCAUCAUGAUGGGUGCCAUGACCUCAUCCAACACCUUUGGUGACUUCAUGAACAUGCAGCCCUUCGGCCCGACGGAGGCAUUCUUCCCUUGCAACCCUGACAUAUUCCCCGGUGAAGAGGAGAGCGACGACUCGUACUUUGCCGGUAUCGAGGAGGAUGAAGAGGAGAGCAUACUCAAAAUUGAGGAUUUCGUCACGUUGAAUCACGAUUCAUCUGACGAGGAAGAAGAGGAACCGUUCCCCGCCUGGAACGGGGAUCUCGUCUCCAGCCCCACCCGGCCCAAGACGGCUGCCAGCAACGCAAGCGCGGCGACCGAGUCCGCGGCAACAACCCACCCGCUGCUCACCCACUUCGACAGCAAUUCAGAUGUCGUAGGCGCUUUCCGCCGCAACCAAAUUAACCAACAGCUCAUCUACAGCGACAAGGCGAGCCAAGAAUCGCUCGCGUUCUCCGGUCCCUACUAUCACGGCACGCUCCGCGGCAUCAAGACGGGAAGCAUGGAAACCGUCACUACGCCCAUCACGCCCAUCCGCCGGCAAAAGCGGAGCAACACGAUUGGCAGUGGGUUCGGCGAUCUCCAACAAAGCAGCCCACUCAACGUCGUGUCGCAAAAGAGAAAAGCAUCGGACAACCACGUUGACGCCAACCUGCACAAGCGCCAUCGGAGCAUCUCGGACAUGGAGAUUUUGCGCAUCUAGCGCACUCGCCGAGCGGGUUCCGCCUCAGUGAGACGGGAAAAUUACGUCGGAGGACGGCAUGGCUUGGGCAUCAUGGUGUCACAGUCUUCGGAAGUCGACUUGGGCACCCCAGCCCAACCAUCCCUGGCCUCAUAAUGUAUCACGACGAUCUUGGACCUACGGUCAUUUCUUUG